AUGGCUACUAAAGAGAUACCAGUUUACGGCGGUGGAGAUGAUCACACAAUGAAACAAGAUGAAGUAUGGGGUGAAUCGACAACCGAUAUGUUUGCGGAUUUAUCAUUGACCGAAAAUGAGAAAGAAUUAAGCGAUAAAUAUUUGAAAGAGCGAACGAUUGCAGUUGACUGGUUUACAACGUGGACUGAAUCAGAUCAAGUGGAUUUUGUGAAAACAUUAAUCAAUCGUAUGUGUCAUGAUCAACACGGGCAGAUCGAUUCCUUUUUAAAGCCGAUUCUACAGCGUGAUUUUAUUUCAUUAUUGCCAGAGUUAGACUUCGAAGAGGCUGCCAUCGAACGAUUGAGGGAUUCAGUGGAAUCGCUCGAAACACAACACCACUUCUAUAGGAAUUUAUAUCCACGUAUUUACAACGAUAUUGAAUCACUGAAAGCAAACUGGAAUAACGGACGUCAUGUGCUCUCGCGUAUAACGUGUCACUCGGAGCCGAGCAGAGGUAUUUUCUUCAUUCGUUUCGCAUCUUCAUCGGAUAAUCGAAAGAAAAAGGAGAAAAUGUGGAGUGGAAAGAGCGAUAAGAUUAAUAACAGCAAUAGUAAUAAUAAUAUUAUUUGUCAAGAAGAUUGUUGUCAUUGUGGAUUUAGUUCGAAAGAUCGAUCGAUAGCUGUUUGGGAUAUGGUGUCGCCUCGUGAAAUUAAUGUUCGACGAGUUCUGGUGGCGCAUCGUGCUGCUGUGAACGUUGUUGACUUCGAUCACAAGUAUAUCGUUUCUGCGAGUGGCGAUCGAACGAUAAAGGUUUGGAGUACGGAUAGUUGUGAAUUUGUACGCACGUUGAUUGGUCAUCGAAGGGGCAUUGCAUGCUUGCAGUACCACGAUCGAUUGGUGGUGUCAGGAUCUAGUGAUAACACUAUUAGGUGA